AUGAUGACGUCACCGUUGAAGAAACAGCCUGAGGCUGUGGCGGAUAGAGUGCUCAAGAGGGCCGAAAUCAGCAAAAUGGCUAGGAGGUUGCAACAUCGGCUCGCCCUCGCCCAGUUUAAGACGAAACAUAACCUAGUCAAUGAGACAUUAGACAUGAUCGAGCCGAAGUUCGAACAGGAGAUGCGCCGCAGACGGCUGCAAGACGGCGAUAUCUUGUCCGACUCAUCCUCGAGUGCCUCUGAUCUCCCAUACCCGCACAGGACACUCAUGAGCUCGCCGCUCAAAGCUCCGCUGUUUUCGGAUGCCAUUGGGUCCAGCAGCGGCAGCACCGGUCACAGGAAACGCACCUACUUGGCCUCCUUCGAUGAAGCAGGUUCGAGUCCGAGCAAGCGGUUCCGCCAGUCCCCCACUGCGCACAGGCCGUUUUCUAGUCACCACCAAUUCACCCAGUCGUCGCCCAUAAAGCCGAGGCGGCAGCAGCACUUCACAACGUCGACUGGCCCUGAUCUGUCGUUCUACUCGGGAUCGAGACAAAUCAAUGAAGUCCUUACGUCGACAAAUUACGCAACCAAUUCGGAUGACGAGGACGACCUCCCGCUGCACUCGUUCCACGCUAGCCAUAUCCAUGUAUCGCCGCCCAGAACGCCUCCAAUGCGCAGCCGUAACCUGAUCAAGAAGACGAGGGAUAGGCCGGAGGUGAAUGAGAUUAAGUCUGGCGAGGAGGGUGCGGAUUUGCUUCUGUAUCUGGCAGCUUCGCCCUCACCCGCCAACCCGCCCAGGAACAGGAUGGAUCCUCCGUCGACACCGCCACCGAAGAACAAGCUGGCACUCCCGUCGUCCAUGAUGACUACCCCUGGCGGUGGCAACCCUUACCCAGCAACACCGGGUCUUGGCUUCGACUUUGCAGAGUUUCUUCACAUGACUCCCAGUCCGGCGCAAAAGCCUUGGAAGACACCCGUCAACCUAACCGGGGGCAAAACACCACGGAGCGUGGCAAGAAGACGGCUGACAUUCGAUGACAUGCCUUCUUGA